UCGACCUCCCGAGGCUUACCUGUGGUGACAUCAUCAUCGAGAUGACAACAGGGCCCGGCGACAAGGGGGCCACCUAAAGGGAUUUUGGCUGGACUCGGCAAUUUAAGAGCGUGCUUUGGAUAGUUCCCCCGCUUGCGGACUUCCCUGUGGAGUUACCUGUGCUGCUGUGAUCGAUCGGAGACUUAGCGAACCGAGUUUCUCCUCAGCUCCAGCAGUCAUUGCAUGACAGUGAGGCCGCGAUGAGUCGGAGAACUCGACGCUGGAUUUUAAGAGUUUUACUUUGUCUGGGAAUCGUUUACCUGAAAAUCGGGGGCUUCUCGUCGGUGGUGGCCCUCGGAGCGAGUAUAAUCUGUAACAAAAUCCCCGGUUUGGCACCCAGACAGCGGAUUAUUUGCCAGAGUCGCCCCGAUGCCAUCAUCGUCAUCGGAGAGGGCGCGCAAAUGGGCAUCAACGAGUGUCAGUUCCAGUUCAAAAACGGACGCUGGAACUGCUCGGCCCUGGGCGAGAGGACCGUCUUCGGAAAAGAGUUGAAAGUGGGAAGUAAAGAAGCGGCCUUUACGUACGCCAUCAUUGCAGCCGGGGUGGCGCACGCCAUCACCGCCGCCUGUACGCAGGGUAACCUGAGUGACUGCAGCUGUGACAAAGAGAAGCAGGGUUUCUACAGCAGGGACCAAGGAUGGAAGUGGGGAGGCUGCUCUGCAGACAUCAGCUACGGCCUCGGCUUUUCCAAAGUGUUUAUUGAUGCCCGGGAGGUCAAACAGAACGCACGGACGCUCAUGAACCUCCAUAAUAAUGAGGUGGGACGCAAGGUCCUGGAGAAGAACAUGCGACUGGAAUGCAAGUGUCAUGGAGUGUCGGGCUCCUGCACCACCAAAACCUGCUGGACUACACUUCCCAAGUUCCGCGAGCUCGGCUACAUUCUCAAGGAGAAAUAUGCCCAUGCAGUGCACGUGGAGCCGGUCAAAGCCAGCCGCAACAAGCGCCCCAAAUUUCUGAAGAUCAAGAAGCCAUAUUCUUACCGGAAGCCCAUGGAUACAGACUUGGUGUACAUAGACAAGUCACCUAACUAUUGCGAGGCAGACACAUUGACGGGCAGCCUGGGGACACAAGGGCGGGUGUGCAACAAGACUAUGAUGCAGCACAUCAGCGGCUGCGACUUGAUGUGCUGCGGCCGCGGCUACAACACGCACCAGUACUCCAGAGUGUGGCAGUGCAACUGCAAGUUCUUGUGGUGCUGCUACGUGAAGUGCAACACGUGCAGUGAGAGGACAGAGGUGUACACAUGCAAAUGAGAAUAUUUAUUGGAUGGUGCUAAGCGUGCAUGUGGUAACGAAUGUGUGUGUCUUUUUUUUCUUUUUUUUUUAAAACGGACAAAUUGGAUCCUUUUGCUGCACGAGGAGCUGCUACUGGGCUGUGGGCAUUCGGUUAGUUGCGAUGCAGAGUGACAAAAGACUGUCACGGGAAAAACUGUACAUUGCGUGCACAUAUUGGGUGCAACUGGAGCACAAACACUUGAAGCUACACGGACACGUAGUGGCGACAAGAAAUGGAAUAUGUGAUGGCUGAGCCGUGCACACUGCUGUCUUUCACACAUGGAAUGACUCAGCCAUGUGGAAUAUUUAACAUACUGUGUUUUAUAGAAUGGAGAUAAUUAAUAAUUAAUUUAUUGGAUAAGAACUACUGAUUUUGUCCGUUAUGGGUUAAAAAUAACUAAAUGUUGGGAGGGCUUAGUUUUUUAAAGGGAUCAGAAACUGUUAACACACUGGAUUUGAAUCCACCUGGAAUCAGUCAGUCAUAUUAACUUGUGACCCACUUGGGUCUUCCCUCUGUUUGCUGCUAGUCCUGAGAAUCCCAUUUGUUUUAGUUCGGAGCUUCAAAAACAUGGGCACAUUUUCCACUUUUGGUAAAUAUUGGUUCAUAGAGUAUAUUUUGUAAGAGCCUAUUUUUGUAUGGAUGUCUUAUUUAUAUCUGCUGCAUAAUAUUCAACAUUAAGCUCGGACACCUGUCUGUAAAAAGCUGUAAGUUUGCCCGUGUUGUCACUGCCAUGGUUGUGUAGUCUGAGUUAUAGAAGCUGUUUCUGUGUGUCUGUUGUUUACUGCAUUUCAUGACUACUACUGAUGGAAUACAGGAACAGAAUAACA